AUGAAUGACUUUGAACGUUGCAAAUUUCACGCAUUAAAUCUGUUCGAGUUCUGCCUCUCGUCCUCUGCACAAGUUAGCCAUGAUAUCUCUAAAUUCAGCAAUUUCUCAAAUGUUCCUCCCAGCACCCUUUCAGAUUUUCUGACGCCUCGUUGUCACUACACUCCCGUUCGCAUCUUUGGUGACUCCAAUCCUGUGGGAAUCAAUCCCCUUAAUCGCGUAUUCAAUUGGGCCUCCUGUAUGCUCCUUAGCAAUGCAGCCAAAUCCAAUCUCAUGUCGAUUAUUGCCCCGAGUCUCAAGUGCUACACAGCGGAAUGCAUGAAAUCAGGCGAAAAACUGGUCUGGCCUAGACCUCAAACUGCUCUCUUCAUAGAGUCUUGCAUCAUAUCAACUAGCAGUGAACUUCUUCCCAAGUACGUCAAUGCCUCCACGCUGAAAUCUUUUGAUAUACCUGAGGAAUAUUCAAUUGAAGUAAGUCUUCGAAUCAAGCUAGUAAAAUGCCUCCUAAAUUUUUAUCAACUUGGUGCGGACAAAUCGGCGAUUGCUCAAGAGGUUCUCAGUUUGAAUAAUCUAAAGGAUGAUCCCGGUUUCACUUCGCAUAAUCACUGUCUUGCUGGAUGGAUAUUGUUGAAGUUGCCGAUGGUACCAGAUGAAGAAGUUUUGGACCAUUUUGAUCGUGGAGCCAUAGCUGAUCGGAAUUACUUCCUAAAUCAUCUAAAUACUGGUGACACAUAUUACUCGAGAAUGAAAUCCUAUGGAAAGGCUCUUCGAGCCCUCAAAACCGCUUGGGAUAUUGUUCCCGGAAAUCCGAAAACUGCCUAUCUACUGGUAUCCACGCUUUGCAAGUUAGGGAAAUUAGACAAAGCUUUCGAGGUUUACAGGAGUGUUGAUACUAAAUCAUUUUCUAUUCCAAUGUUCUUCAAUUACGGUCUGAUUGCACUUCGUUUAAAGGAAUUUAAUAAAUGCAUCCCAGCUUUGCAGAGAGUCGUUGCGGUUCAACCAACUAAUGUUUUGGCUUGGGAAAUUCUUGCCGAGGCUUACAUGGGUCGUGGAAACUAUGGUAUUGCUUUGAAGGCCCUAAAACAAUCAAUUGAUCUUGAUCCCACUCGUCCACUUUCACAUAUUUUGUAUGCGCAAGUCUGCACUGCUCUCUUCGAUUAUCCCGCAGCAAUCAUUGCUUAUGCACGUGUUACUGAGCUUUUGCAAAAUCAGGAACUUCAUUCACUGCAUCGUCUUGCCAAUAAAGGUUUGUCUUUGUCACCGCUUAAUAAAGCAAAUUUUUUAUUCUCACUAUUUAUUUUAGGCCUUGUGGAAUUGAAUGUCAAUUUGGCCAUUCAAGAGCUAAGAAACGGAAUGCCAACUGCGGCUAUUGCACAUAUCGAAACUGCACUUCAGAUCGGAGCAAGGUAAAGUGCCUGCAUUUAUUCUAUGGAUUAUCGAUUGUGCCAAUCUAUUUUGUUUUCAUCGAGUUUCACUUUUUUCGCUAGUAGAUUUUCACUUUGAAUAGCUUAUUUUGUCUUGAAGCUAAUUUCACUCAUUUUGCAUUUAUUCCCUGUCGAAUAUUGGGAAUAAAAUAGGUGGUCUUUAGCGAGACUCCUCAGAAUACACCACUAUGGCUCUGGUACUACAUGGGCUAUACUUUGAGCCUUCUUUUACUGUUUCAUGAUGUAGGGCUUAGAAUCCGAGUGCCUAAAGAUUUCAUGCGUUUCUUUAAAUCUCAUAAUGUGAACCGGGAAGUUGAAGGCACUUGCUCUAUUAGUGUUGAGACCUGCGCUGAUCUCUCGGGCAUAAUGCUUACCAUGUUUAUUAAAUCCUCAAAGAACGCAAAAUUGA